ACCUAAUUUCAAAGCAAUCAGCUGUUCAGUUCUGGGUUCAAGGACAAGCGACAGACUCCUCCUUAUAUUCGCAAUUUUUCACAGUCAUCGUGACACUCGCUUGGCACUUUCAACAUGGCAGCUCUAGCAAUAAAGUUCUCCGGCGUUUUGGCAAGAAAUUCAGCCAAAUCUAAGCUACUAUCUCAGUUUUUAGUGCCAAAAGUCGAGCAAUGUCUGCGGGCUUUCUCUACUUCGCUUCCGAUAUACAAGAAGGAAAUGCUGGAGAUCACAUAUGAGACGACAGACGGAAAGAAAUUCACUGUCCAGGGCAAGGAAGGCGACAACCUCCUCGACAUUGUGAUCAAUAAUGACGUAGAUCUUGACGGAUUCGGCGCAUGUGAGGGAACCUUGGCUUGCUCAACUUGCCACCUCAUAUUUAAGAAGGAAGAUUUCGACAGAAUAGAAGAGCCCUCCACAGAUGAGGAACUGGACAUGCUUGACCUUGCCUAUGGCCUGACGGACACGGAAGUAAGCGUGGCCCUAUCUGGAUCAGGGUUCCUGGCUUUGUAUGAGGUUGGUGCCUUGCAGUGCCUGCAGAAGCAAUGGCCUCGGUUGCUGCAGACAGCAAAGGUUUCUGGCGCAUCGGCUGGCUCCCUUUUGGCAGCGUGUGUAGUGUGUGAUGUCCCUCUUGACUUUGUGAAGGGCAACUUCUUGGAGACAGCCAAGGAAGCCCAGAGGUGGAAACUGGGCCCCUUCAGUCCCAAGUUCAAUGUUUCUGAUUAUCUCAACCAGGGAUUUGAAGCCCUGCCCCCUGAUGCCCACCUGCGGGCUAACAACAGACUCUUUGUCUCACUCACAAGAAUCAAGGAUGGCCAGAAUGUCAUAAUCUCAAACUGGACUUCACGAGAGGAGUUGAUCCAGUGCCUCCUCUGCUCUUGUUUUAUCCCCAUCUUCUCUGGCUUUCGGUUCCCUUCAUUUCGUGGAGAGAGGUACAUGGAUGGAGGCUUCACCAACAACCUCCCAAUCCCAUGCCAGCCAUGCAUAUCCAUUGGCCCAUUUGAGGGGAAGAUUGACAUCUGCCCCAGGACCAAGAAGCAAAACUCCCCUUACCUGACCAUUGCUAAUGAGACGGUGGCCGUAAAUGCCACCAACAUCCUUAGGUUUGUACAGUCCCUAAAGCCUCCUCCCAUUGAAAUCUUAGAAGAUGUCUAUCAGGAGGGCUACUGGGAUGCUUACUCCUUUCUAAAAGCAAAAACAAGUCAAAAGACAGGCCCUUUGUCUGCAUGAGCUUAAAUGCUUGUGUUCAGUGUGAAAGAGAUGAAUGUUUAUAUAGCAUGGCUGAGGGCAGUGAUGGAAUGGGUGUUGGUGUCUACUUUUGCAUUUUAAUUUGUAUGGACAAUGAUAUUAAUAACCUAGACGGCAAUCUAAGGAUUGAGUUUUUUAAAAGUAUUUUGCAUAUUUACUCUAAAAUAUAAGUAUUAUAUUGUAUUAUCUGUGUUAAGGAAAUUUUAUCAUUAAGAUCUGAAAAUAACCCAGGUUUUAUAGAGUAUUGUUAUGCACACCCAUGCACAUGUACUUGCACAAUUAUGAAGAUACACACAUGCACAUGCACACGUGCACAUUCAUGUGUGUAUGCACAAGUGCAUGCACACAUACACAUACAUGCGCGCGUUUGCACGUGCGCACG